AUGCAAGCCCGAAAGACCCUCUUUUCUUUCGUCUUGGUUGUCUCUGCCCUAGCCGGCCUGGCAUCAGCCGCCCCGUCCUCCUCUCCGGCUGAUGCGGCAGCGGCCGCGCCUCCAGCCCAAGAAAAGGCAGGUUCCCCGGCUGCCGCCGCAAGUGCGGCCUCGGCAGACAAACAAACCGCUGCCGGGCAAGAGGGCGCCUCGACUGCAUCGCAGGCCAACCCUCAAAAUGCCGCCGUCUUCGCUGCGACUGGCGCGGCUGACGCCACCACAGCUGCUACGACGGGUGAAGACGCCUCCGCCAAAGCUGACCACAAAAAGCGAAAUGCGGAUGCGGCUCCCACUGGCAAGAUCCCCGACAGUGCUGACAAGGCCGACUCGACUACUCAGGCCAACCCCCAAAACGCGGCCGUCUUUUCCGCGAUCAGCCCCACUGAUGCUUCCACAGUUUCCACUGCUGGGGAUGAGGCCUUCAGCAAUACUGGCCACGAGAAACGAAACGCGGAUGCACCUCCCGCUGGCAAGAUCCCUGAGAGUGCUGAUAAGGCCGACUCGGGUGCUCAGGGUGUUCCUCAAUUCAAUGCUGUUGAUGCUGCUGCUAAUGGCCAAGCGACUGAUGCGGCGUUUGCGAGUACUCAUGCCGUCGCGCAGACAAGGCGAAGUGAACCUUCUGGAGCGGCUGCUGAUGGCAAGAAAGACGCCACAGCGGAGAAUACAUCCCAGCCCAGUCCGAAGGACUCUCAAACGCCCCAAGAAGCCCAGCAGCUCAACACUAGCCCCUCAGGCUCGACCCCUGAUUCUGGUGCCGAAAACCCUGCCUCCGACAAGAAGGACCACUGGCAUUUUCUAUCCCGGGCCAAGACUGGGCCGGCUGUGCCGGUUUCUCAAGGAAGAUUGAGAGGCUCCGGAUUCUUGAUUCUCUGGGUCGACGCCAUGGUAGGUGUGGAGCUGAGUCAAACUCAGCGACGGAAGAAACAAAAGGGUUCAGUUCGACGAGUUUUGGUUAUGAUUCCCCGCUUCAGAAGUGCUCUGCACCUCGCCCUCAACUCUUGCUGUCGGUUGCUUCUAAAGCCAGGCUCGGCAUAUAGAAGCUAUCCAGGAGCACUUGCUGCAAGUGCUGCUCAAGUCAGGCUCAGCAUUGUCGAAAGGUUUAAAUGGACAAGCGGUUCCCGCCGUACCACCCGUCUCCCCAUUGCUAGUGCCCGACACCUACUCCACGAACCCCAUCCUUUCCCCUCCCAUCUUCUUCCAGACUAA